AUGGCUCAUGAUAUCUCCCCGCCUAGCUCACCAUUAGGGGACGGGGUGGAGCAGGUUCAAACACCCGUUCAUGACCCCGUUGUUCAUCCAGAGGAGGCAGAUCAAUGCCCCAGUCCGCCGACUAGCCCGGAAGCCAGCACCUCAACAGAUCCCCAGAAAUACUGGCUUCCAUUCUCUCUCCGGAGUCCAUUUCUGAUAUGUUUGGCCAUUGUAUUCUUGUUGGUCGCUGUAGCCUGUGAGGUUAUACGCCAGUACUCUUAUUACCACCAAGGACUGGUCCACUUGAACGCAUACCAGUCACUAAGCGUGAUCUCGGGACUAUUCGGUUAUAUCCCAACAACUGUCGCUGUACUUUUAGUGACAGUAUGGAAUAUUUGCGCCCUCGAUGUUCUGAGACUGGAGCCAUAUUUCCAGCUGGCCAAGCAAGAGGGCACUUCAGGAUCGGUACUGUUCACCAAUUACUGUUUCACCUAUGGUUUCUUGGCUCCGAUUCGGUCCUUCCGUGACCGACAUUGGGUCGUCUUCGUUGUCUCAGCAGUGGCUUUACUCCUACGCACCUCAUUGCCUUCUAUCAUGUCGGGCAUGAUCGUCCUUGAUGAGAAAAAUAUUGUCUCUUCGAAGCCUAUCAAUACAUGGCCCAGCCUGGUAGAUCCAGCGACACAAAGCAGUCUUCUAGCCGAUGACGCAUCUCACUCAAGAAAUUCCUCCGUAUAUCAUGUGGAUACUUUCUUUUUCUAUCAGACUCACAACUACGUCAUACCACCAAUUGUACGAUUACCGGAGGAUGACUCUGAAUCUUCAACAUGGCAAAUGAAUCAAACGGCAUAUUGGGCUGAUACGAGCUGUGCGGAGGUAACGCUAACCAAUCUUGUUCCGGACAAGAAAGUCCACAACUCUACAAGUACGACCACUUUCGAAUGGGAUGUCCCCGAUAUCCAAUUCGAUUCUGCUCCACAUGGUAGCGCCGAGAAUUGUUUGGUAUCUUUCGCUCUGAACAGUUACAUGCCUUCUGAGAAAGGGUCAUAUCAAGUGCGGCAUUGGGAGCCCCUCGGCCAUCGGUCAAAUUUACUCAACACCACUACCAUGAAUUCUACCGGGUGUGAGAUGUUUUCCUUCUUCGGCCUUGGCAUCAACAUUGGACCUGCAAGUCAAAACUACACUUCGAAUGCGACGGCGUUCGGAUGCACCAGCUCUUACAGGAACGGGAGCGCGAUGAUCUCUUUUCCAGUCAACACUUCAUAUGUUCCCGCCGAGCUCAUUUCUGGUGUGAACAAAACAAUGAACUCUUCUGACAUCAACAUUGCAAGUUUCGAGGACAUGCUGAAAACGAAAUAUAUCAAUGGCAAUCUGAACCUCCCCGGAAGUUGGCGUCGAAUUCCAGGUCUCACCACGUCUACUGGUGUGAAUGGGAGUUUGGUCAGCGAUCUUACCCCUAUCACAAUGAACGAGUAUGAACAUGAGAUUGGAGAGGUGUGGAAUCAGAAUUUCAUCAAUAUGAUGAAGCAAUUUUUCAACACCAGUGGCAGUCCAGUAUCCGUCACUGCCAGACAAACCACAGACACGGUUAUCUAUCGGGUCACAAAUCGGUCAGCCUUAAUUUCCGAAGCUCUUCUCAUGCUGGGUUUUGUUGUGCUUCUAUGGCUAGCCCUCGUCUACCCACGUCGCCUGAAUUUCCUCCACGGCGACCCAGGCUCAAUCGCGGCACAGUGCGCCAUCCUCGCAGACAUGUUCGUUCCACAAACCUCUUUGGCUCGGUCAGAGAUUGGAAUCGAUCAAGCGACACCCAGACAGCUUCGUCAUUUUGGUAGAACACUCUCCUGUCGAUGGAUUAGCCAUCCUGAGGGAGGACGGUUGGAUAUUAUUCCAAGCGAAGGUAGCUUCAGACCCCUCCAAAUACCCAAGGGUGGAAUGCGCCGAAAUCCUAGACCUCAUUUCUUAACACCACCGUGGUUCUUGAUUGAAUGCGCUGUGAUGGCAGGCGUCCUUGCUGCUUUUGGUGUGGCAUUCCAAUAUGUUCGACUGGAUGAGAUUGAUUCAAAUGAUGAUGGUAUCCAAUUCAUCUAUGGCUUUCUGAUCUACGGUCCCACUGUUAUCGCAUCUAUCAUCGGAACUCUGUUCAUCUCAAUCUAUCGUCAUUUGAGCAAUCUUGAGCCCUGGGUACGACUCCAAAGUGGCAUGGCUGCCGCGAAACAGUCGAUCACUGCAAACUAUGGGUCCCAAACUCCUUUCGUGUCCUGGAUGACAUUUCGUCAGAGCGCACCUCCAAUCCUCAUCUUACUCACAUGCAUGUGCUUCCUGGACAUGUUCAUGACCGUCACCAGCAGUGGCAUGUUCGAGCCCAUUCUCUACAAUCACACAGAACCCACUUCAGCACUAUCCGCACGAUACAACGAAUCUCGAUUUUUGAAGCCUGAUGUUCGAAUAGAGUUCACUGGAAACAGUUUCAUCUCGGACGGCUUGGUCAUGGGAUAUUCUCUCUUGGCCUGGACCACACCCAAUACUUCAUUCUACCCACUCAACAUCAUUAGCGACGAUCCAGACUACGACUGGGAAGACUACCAUUCCCGUGUGCGUGGAGUUGGUGCCAACCUCACAUGCAGCGAAAUACCUACCAGCAACUCGUGGCGCAAUGAAUCUACCGACACGAUGUACUGGACAUACAGCCCAUACCCAAGUCUCGACACAAAUUGCACAGCAAAGUUCAAUCAGCCUGUCGCCGAGCACCAUGUUUUCAACGAGUCUGUCUAUUUUCGAGGACCAAUUGAGUUAGACGACAUAUGUCAAAAGUCCUUCAUAGUAAUCACCUACGACGACUUCGACAGUCUAAACACAACCACCGAUGAUAAUUCAACAGUUUUCCAAUGCGCACCUCAGAUACAGAUUGAAGACUUCAUGAUCGACUUUGAAUACGAAGGCACCCUCGAUGACUGGGAACCAGUCCCCGGAAGCCAAAUUCAAGACGGCGAAAUGUUUCAAAAUGCUUCCGCAUGCCUCGUCCCUUUUACUCAGGCCUUCGUUCGCCAAACUUGGCUCACCGAACGAGACGUUCAUCCCAAUCAAUAUGACUGGGCCGUCGGGCUUAUUCGAGACGUCUAUGACUCCCUUGAUUCCCCCGACUCAAUCGAACUCUCUCUCCUAAGGGGUGCCGUGCAACUAGGCUACCAAUCCACCUUCAGCACCUACCUUUCCCUAUGGCGAGAUAUCUACUUCGAGCCGGUUUUGCCUAACACUGUCUUCGUGAACGGUACAACAACCGAUACAUACUGGGGAAUAGAACCAUCCUACGUCACGAUCUUUAUCAUCCUUGUCCUCCUCUCAAUUGAUCUCGCCGUCCUAAUGGCUGUUUUCUGGUUCCGACACAGACAUUACAACGGACCCCCAAUCCCACGCUCCAUCGGUGCUUUAAUCCCACUGAUCACGAACAGUCGUAUGCUCAACGAUUUCCGAGGCACGGCAAACUGGACUGAGAAAAAGCGCCGAGAACAUCUGGACCAAUUGGAUCAGAGGUAUCGGUAUGGAGAGUUUUUCUUACUCGACGGGCAAAGACGACUGGCGCUGGAUUAUGAUGAGAAACCGCGUGAUGGGUUCGAGGAGGGUGAACAACAGCAUGAGAUGGGUGUUUUGGAAGCUCAGACUGAGUCUUCUGAUCAGGAUCAGGAUCAAAGCCAUGAUCAAGAUACGGAUCCACCGUUGGCUGUGCCUUCGUCUACGCAUUUGAUACAUGAACAUAACGAUAGAGUUUAG